GGACCAGAUACUCGGAGUGUGUUCCCCGCCGCCGGCCGACCGAGGCGCUGAUUGGGCGAUGCAUGGAGGGGCGUGUCCGAAAGGUCUAUGCUAGGCGCGCGGGCUCCCGCGCGGUGGCGGAGCGGGACCGGGAUCCGGUGACAUUGGACCCAGCAGAAUGGCAAACUCAAUGCAGGGUGAGGGGGGUCUCCCCAGUGCGGAGCUCUGGGCCUCCCAUAAUAAGAUGGUAAUGGAGCCGCUCGACAGCAACGACCCGGAGGUGCACAGCAUCAUCAAGAAGGAGAAGCAGCGGCAGAGGCUGGGGCUGGAGUUAAUCGCGUCAGAGAACUUUGCGAGCCGAGCAGUCCUGGAAGCCCUGGGAUCCUGCAUGAACAACAAAUACUCUGAGGGUUACCCAGGACAGAGGUACUAUGGUGGGACGGAGUUUGUAGAUGAGCUGGAAAGGCUGUGCCAGAAGCGAGCCCUGCAGGCGUACCGGCUCGACCCCGAGAAGUGGGGCGUCAAUGUCCAGCCCUACUCAGGGUCACCCGCAAACUUUGCGGUGUACACGGCCCUGGUGGAGCCCCACGGCAGGAUCAUGGGGCUGGACCUGCCUGACGGGGGCCACCUCACCCACGGAUUCAUGACAGACAAGAAGAAAAUCUCUGCCACCUCUGUAUUCUUCGAGUCCAUGCCCUACAAGGUCAACCCCAAGACCGGUUACAUCGACUAUGACAAGCUGGAGGAGAAUGCCCGCCUCUUCCACCCCAAGCUGAUCAUAGCAGGUGUCAGCUGCUACUCGCGCAACCUGGACUAUGCCCGUAUGCGGAAGAUUGCUGACGCCAAUGGUGCCUAUCUCAUGGCCGACAUGGCUCACAUCAGCGGGCUGGUGGCUGCUGGUGUGGUGCCAUCCCCCUUCGACCACUGUGAUGUCGUCUCCACCACCACCCACAAGACCUUGCGGGGCUGCAGGGCUGGCAUGAUCUUCUACCGCAAAGGCACCCGCAGCGUGGACCCCAAGACAGGCAAGGAAACACUCUACAACCUGGAGAGCCUCAUCAACCAGGCGGUCUUCCCCGGGCUGCAGGGAGGCCCGCACAACCAUGCCAUCGCAGGGAUCGCCGUGGCGCUGCGGCAGGCCAUGACGCCCGAGUUCAAGGCUUACCAGCAGCAGGUGGUCGCAAACUGCAAGGCGCUCUCGACAGCGCUGAUGGAGCUGGGCUACGACAUCGUCACAGGGGGCUCCGACAACCACCUGAUUCUCCUGGACUUGCGCAGCAGAGGCACGGAUGGCGGCCGGGCUGAGCGGGUACUGGAGAUCUGCUCCAUCGCCUGUAACAAGAACACGUGCCCUGGUGAUGUCAGCGCCCUGCGCCCCAGUGGCCUGCGGUUCGGGACGCCGGCUCUCACCUCCCGCGGCUUCCGGCAGGACGAUUUCCGCAUGGUGGCUCAGUACAUCCACAGAGGGAUCGAGCUGACACUGCGCGUGCAGAAAGACAUGAGCCCCAAAGCCACACUGAAGGAAUUCAAGGAAAAACUGGAGGAGGACAAAUACCGGGGGGAGCUGAAGGCACUGAAGGAAGAGGUGGAGGCCUUCGCAGCCACUUUCCCGCUCCCGGGGCUGCCUGUCCUGUAAGGGGAGGCACCUGUGCCCGCUCCUGGAGCCGCCGAAACACCUCUAGCCCGAGAUCAACACCCCAGUGCCUUCUCCCAGCACCUCCCCGCUGGCCCUGGCUGCAGAACACCAGUGGCUCUUACUAACCUCUCCCCUCCCAUUUGGGGCACAGGACCCCCCUGAGCACCGCUGCCGCCCCCCACCGCGGGGAAACUAGCCCCUUCACCGCCCAGUGUCACAACCGGGACCGAGCACCAGGGAACCCUCAGCCUCGCAGACAGGCCGGGGUUUGAUCCAGCUCUCACUGGCUGCGAGUGGCGGGUCCACCCCUGCCAUGAAUCACCCCCGCGGCCAGGUGCACUGUGCUUGGCUCCACAAGAGACAUCACAGCUGCUAAAAGCCUCCCUGGUUUCUGCCUCGAGAAUUUCCUUUGGUGCCUUCCAGCCUCUGCAGGCUUUUACAAGGCCCAGCCUUGUCCCAAACCCACCGAGAACAGCCCUCCCGGGAUCGCCAUCCCAUCCUAGCCAGCGUCUCCAGUAUUUCCUCAGACCUCUGCGUUACAAAGCUUAGGUAGAACCAUUUUUUAAUAAGCACGGUAAAAUUAAGAAUUUAACCACAAUGUAUGACAAGAAUUAUAAGCUUUAAAAAAUACAACCAAUUUUUUUUUUUUUUGUAUUUCAAAAAUAUCUGAACCCAAAUAAAUAAUUUUUUUUUUUAAAAGUA